AUCGAAAAGUGACGUUAUUGGUCGUGUGGCGACUUUUUUGGACCUAAUCCGAUUGGACAGUAACUAGAUGAAAGUAAAACUUCACAUUUGCGAGGGAAGACGGGAACACAUAGCGACCACUGAAUUAUUUCAUCAACUUGGCGAGCGAAUGAGCUUUUAGUCGUACCGGGGGAUUCUGAAAAGAGAAAUCGGUGAUUGAGCUGCCAGGCCACAAUAAUAUCCUGCAGCUAGGAGAAUGGUAAUUCAAUCAUCCACAAAUAGGUCCAUCAUGCAGAUGCUGAGAGAGAAGAAGACUUUGUUAACAGAGAUCCUGUCUGCGGACUCCAGCUACAUCCUUCAGCAUGUGCAGCAGGAGGAAAUAGUGACUAAUCGUGACUACAACAACCUAAACAUCCCCAAUCAGUCCGAUGAGAAGACUGUCAUCAACCUGCUGGAUAAAGUGAUGAAUAAAGGAGACACAAAAAGCUAUGAACUCGUGAACCUGCUGCAGAAACCACAUAUUAUAAAAAACUACCCUAGACUGGAGGAAAUAUUCAACAACCACACAGAACCCAGUGACCACACCUUCAACCCAGCCCCAACAAUCCCAAUUCCCUGUACAGAUAAUUCUGACCUGGAAACAGUGGUCACAGGUGGCAAUGAGGUCAGUCUGUAUGAGAUGACUAGUGUACCCCGUGGUCUCUGUUUGAUCAUCAACAACGAGAUAUUUGAAAAACUGAGUGAAAGAACAGGAUCAAACAAGGAUGCUGUGGAUCUGGCCAACAUAUUCAGCCGGAUGAAGUUCAGGGUGGUGAUGUGCAAGGACAAGACUGCAGUGGAGAUUCCCAGAGUGCUGAAGGUCUUCUCUGAGCUGAAGCAGUUAUCUGACCUCCAACAGUACAAUGCGAAGGAGUGGGUCGGUGGUCAGUUCACUGAUCUAAAGGAUCUUCCUAAGCAUGGCGAUGCCUUCGUCUGCUGCAUUCUGAGUCACGGAAAAAAGGAGGGCGUCUGUGGUACAGAUGGAACAGUCGUCCCCACCAUUGAUAUCCUCUCACCUUUCAACGGCACAAACUGUAGCAUCCUUGUUGAAAAGCCCAAGCUGUUCUUCAUCCAAGCCUGUCGAGGGAAGGACGUUCAGAAGGGCGUGCCGGUAAACAAGAAGCCUAAAGUUGAAGGGAUGGACAUGGAACUGGACACAGACGACGGACAAGUCCAAGACUACACCCUUCCACUAUACUCUGACUACCUGGUUUUCAUGGCCAACGUAGAUCAGUAUAUCUCCAUCAGGAGCCCAACCUCUGGGUCCUGGUUCAUCCAGUCUCUGUGUGGCCAGCUUGAGAAAAGCUGCACCAGAGGGAAAAACAUCUAUGAGAUCCUUACAGGGGUCAAAGCUGCGGUGAGCAAGAAAGAAGGUGACCUUCGUAUUAAAGAUGCUUACGGUGGUUAUGGCUACGAGGUGGUCAAGCAAUCACCAGAUUCUAGAGACACCCUGACCAAGAUGCUCAUCUUUCCUGCUGAGACCACGCAUUCUUCCUGAUGAUCUCUUGGAUGUUACCAUGGUACCCUUCAUCAUCAACCGUCCAUAUGCUCUUUCAAGUUCAGUUUUGAUAUGAAAGGUUGAAUAGGCCAUAAUCAUGACACUACCAAGAUCCUAUGGUGGCAUUCUUAUUUUUUUUUACCUUUACAUGGUACAUACUUUUACAUUAUACAUUUAUUACUUUUACAUUAAUUGCUGUUCAAUUUUACAGGACUUGGACAAAAAUACAUUUUAUAUUAAUGAUACAGAAUUUCACCAGCUUAUAUACCAAAAGUCCUGUGGCACUGCUGCAGCUCAACCAAGUGAGCCAGGUGACAUUGACUUUUUAACCAAACUAUUAGUUUGAUAUGUGAAGAUACUCAGAAUCAGCAUUCUAUGUAAAGUUUCACAGCAAGAACAACUGGUUAUUGAUAUCUUGGCACACUGUUUCAGCUUUACUUUAAAUAUGUUUUUAAUGUGAUUUCAUCUACUUUAUUUAGAAUUUUUUAUACAAUCAUGUUUUCUUACAUGCCUUUCCUGCCAUCUUAAAAUAUGUUGUACUUCAAAAUAAAUAUUUGA